AUGAAGUCCAAGAUCGUGAAAUUCCUGGUAAUCACAUUCUGCGUCAGUGUAGUUGUCGACACGGAGGCAGAGAGUUGUGAACCAGUUAUUGCCUCGAAUGAUGUGAAAAGUGUUGUAGUGAGAGGCAGUGUCUCCGGUUGCCAGUACCGUGUGUCGUCGGACUCCGGUAAAGCGGUGAAGGUCUAUGUUAACGCUACCAGUGGAACCAAAUGCGUGAAUGUAGCGAGUGGAGGGACAUCAGAAAAGCUGUGUCCGUUAAGUACAAAUAAUCAGUUGAUAUCCCAGGACGCAAUUGAAGUGAGCGCGGAUUUGGAGGCCACAACUGCACAAACAGCGGCAACAGAACCAAGUACAGCACAAACAACGACAUCAAAGCAGGAAUCAGGGAAAGAUCCGAAACCCCCAAAUGAAUCGAAAGGGGAGAAGGAAAAGACAGGUAAAGGGGACAGCCAACCUCCUGAUGGAGAAGGGGAAGGAAGUCAGGAAAAGCAGCCACCAGAGGGUUCAAAUGAAGAGAUGGUGAAAGAAUCCCUCAAAAGUCCAAAAGAACCGGAACAACAUCCGAAGAAUCCAGACGAAAUCGUUGCGGCUCCGAAUAAACUAAUUCGAAGUGUCAGAGAUUCUUCCAAUACCGACGUUACCGUAUACUACGUAUUAGGUGAGUAUUGCAAACCAGCGAAACUUUUGUACAAAGCGCAGCGUAUUGCAGACCGACUGUUCAAGGAAAAAUGUGCAGCUGCUGAGACUUGA